AUGGCUCUGCCAUGUGGCCUAGUCAAACAGUCCCCCGGUUGGAUUGUUUCCCAAAUAUUGGCGGGGUUCGUCCCGGAUUCCGAGGAAAUUCGGGACGGGUCUUGUCACACCACCUCCACCUCCACAUCCAACUCCACCAACACCACCUCAACUGCCACUGCCACUACCACAAAAUCCUCAUCUGCCACCACCACCACCUCCACCGUCAUCUCCACCCCCACCACUACCACCACAUGA